AUGACUGUUUUCGCUUGGUUCUCGAGACGCGUGGGUGGUUUGAGCCUGAUUGCCCUGCUAAUCCUCACCUACUGGGUGCUUUCACACGAGUACACCGCCGCUCGACGACUCAUCGCACCCGAUUCCUCGGACAAGACACCUGCAUCACGGUUCAGCUAUGGCGCCGGCAUCUGGUCCUAUGCCUUCGCCUACUACUCCCUGUUUGUUCACUUCCUCGUCUUCAUUGCGCCGAUCCGCGCGUGCAUGGCCGUGUGCGACAUUACCGCCUGCUUGAGAAAGGAUGCCCGCCUGCAUGCAAUCCGUGACUACAAGAUGCACCGGCCUCGCCGCGAGUCACAGACAUCUAUUUCAAGCUCCGAAACUCUGACAACGGAGCGAUUGAGCAUUUCUGCUUCCUCAGUUGAGCCCAUGAGCGACAUUGAGCUAAGCUCCAUGUCCGAGUCCGAGGAGCCGACCGCAGACAGUGUAAUUCACGCCAUCAUCAUCCCCAAUUACAAGGAAGAAAUCGACACCCUCCGGGAGUCUCUGGAAGUCCUGGCAUGCCAUCCUCACGCGGCCAUGACUUAUGAUGUCUACCUAGCCAUGGAGCAGCGAGAGGCCAAGGGAGAAGCUAAGGCUCUUGAGCUAAUACAGGAAUUUGGGAGGAAGUUCCGUCGCAUGGACUACACCACACACCCCAGCGACAUUCCCGGUGAAGCUGCCGGAAAGGGAAGCAACAUGGCCUGGGCAGCCAAGAAGCUCAGUGAGAAGUACUCGAUGAAGUCACGCAACAAUGUCGUCAUCACAAGCAUGGACUCCGACAGCCACCUCGCGGCCAAGUACUUUUCCGAAAUCACCAACCUGCACCUCUCCCACCCAGACACGGCCCUCACCACGCUCUACGCGGCGCCCAUCAUCUUUGACCGCAACGCACACAGCGUCCCCGCGCUGGUCCGUACGGCCGACGUGCUGUGGUGCGCCGCCGGCAUGUCCGGCCUGUACAACGGGUCCGUCCUCUCGCCGCCGACCUCGGUCUACUCCGUCCCGCUCGCGCUCGUCGACCGCGUCGGCGGCUGGGACACGGACGCCGAGGCCAUUGGCGAGGACCUGCACAUGUUCGUCAAGUGCUUCUUCGCGACCAACGGCCACCUGACAUGCCGCACCGUCAUGAGCCCCGUCAGCCAGAGCAACAUCACCUCCGGCAGCGGUGCCGGCAUCCGCGGCGCCGCUCGCGACGUCUGUGCCCGGUACAACCAGGCGUUGCGACACAUGUGGGGGGCGCUCGACUCGGGCUUCGCGCUGCGGCAGGGCGCCCGGCUGUGGCGAGACCGCAAGCUGACCGCGCGGCGCUUCCGGCCGCUGCACCAGACCACCGGCGACGAGGCGUCGGACUUUUACCUGCCGGACUCCGCCGAGGCCGCGGCGGAGGAGGGCGGCGUCUUCUCGGACGUGGUGCAGGAGACGGUCCGGGCCCCGCACUGGGAGCGCAUCUUCUACAUGUACCACCGGCUGUUCGAGGCGCACUUUUUGCCCGUGCACAUGGCCGUGCUCGUAGUGGCCUCGGGCGCCUGGGCCUGGGUCACCGAGGGCAGCGGCGACCCCAACGGGCUCAACUGGACCUUCACCGUGGCGGCGAUCCUGCGCACCGUCGGCUUCAUGGCCAUCGGCGCGUACCUGUUCCUGUACGAGAGCUACCACCGGCUGGCGGUCAAGGCGCGGGAGCGCGAUAUGCGCCACGCCGGGCUGGACGCGGGCAUGUCCUUCUCCCACCGCAGCUUCAGAAAUAACAUCCUCGACUACACGCUGAUCCCGCUGGUGGCGCCGCUGUACGGCACGGUGCCGGCGAUGCAGGCGGCGGUGGCGCAGCUGUGGACGGUGAAUCUUGUAUAUCAGGUCAGCAAGAAGGAGAGUCGACAAAAGGUCGAGAAGCCCUCCGUCGCUGACAUGGCCUAA